AUGUCAUUGCAGAGACCCUCUUAUCUUUGCUUGACCCUGAACUACUCCAAGAGUGACAAUAAGCCAGUGAAUGUGCCCCAGGAUCUCUACAGGAAGGGGUGUGUUGCCGACGUGGAAGAGGGUCUGAAAUCAGCCAAUAAGAUCGGGUUUCCUGUGAUGAUCAAAGCCUCGGAGGGAGGUGGAGGGAAGGGCAUCAGGAAGGCGGAAAAUGCAGAUGACUUCCCCAACCUCUUUAGACAGGUGCAGGCUGAGGUUCCGGGAUCCCCCAUCUUCAUCAUGAAGCUGGCGACCCACGCGCGUCACCUGGAGGUGCAGAUCCUGGCUGAUAACUACAGUAACACCAUCUCCCUGUUUGGGAGGGACUGCUCCAUCCAGAGGAGACAUCAGAAGAUCAUUGAGGAGGCCCCCGCCUCUAUAGCCAAACCCGAGGUGUUCGAAAAGAUGGAACAGGCAACAGUGACCCUGGCUAAGAUGGUGAGGUACGUCAGUGCCGGUACGGUGGAGUACCUAUAUAACGAGGAGACAGAGACGUUCCACUUCCUGGAGCUCAAUCCACGUUUACAGGUGGAACAUCCGUGUACGGAGAUGGUGGCCGACAUCAACCUACCUGCCGCACAGUUACAG